CGCGGGCAGGGGGCGUGACGCGGCGGCGGUGGGCGGGCGGCGCGGCGCUCGCCAUGGGGAGCCGCGGGCAGGUUUUGAGGCUUUUUAAAUUGUUACACAGGACCCGACAAGAGGUUUUUAAAAAUGAUACCAGAGCCCUAGAAGCAGCAAGACAAAAGAUAAAUGAAGAAUUCAAAAAUAACCGAAAUGAGACAUCUGCAGAGAAAAUAAAUGAGCUUCUGAAAAUAGCUUCAGAUGCUGAAGAGAUUCUCAGAACUUCUGUUAUUCAGGCAGUUCACACGGAUUCUGACAAAAUAUUGCUUAUACCCAGGAAAGAUCUACUACAAGACAACACUCCUUACUUUGAUAAACCAACAAAAAAGCAUCGAUCCUGAGGAAAAUGUUCUCCUCCUCCAAAGGUUAAUAUCCUCUAAUGAGAUCUCUGAAAACCAGUAGCAGAUAUUUGUCUAAAAAUUAAAUUUGGAAAAUAGUAAAUACUGUUAACAGAAAAAAAGAGAUUAAAAUCAAAACACCGUUUUUAUUUUGCGUUAUGAUACCAUCAUGCAGUUCUGAAGGAUAUUUUUCUUGUUUGGAAGAUAUUUUAUUUCCAUAGAAAUUCAAGACAUAUACUGUUUUCCUAAAAAUAUACUUCUAAACUGUGUUAUUUCAGUCAGCAAUGGAUGUUGUUAAUGAUGACAAUCAUCACACGAUUGUUUUGUGGCAAUUCAGAGGUUUCACAAAACUAAAUGCAGAUCUUAAUCUUGACUAUUUAUUUAUUUGUGAGUUUGUCGUCAAUAAUAUGCUGCUUUGAAAUAAUGAAAAACCAUCUUGUGGUUUACCAUUUAAAUUUACCAUUAAAUUAAUGCUUUGCAGCAAAAGCAUGAUUUCUGAAGUUGUCAUUAACUAUACACUAAUAUAGGGUGAUGUUUGAAAGGGUUCUUUAAGGUUUAUCUGAAUAAAUUAUGAUUUCGCAGAUGGGAAA